AUGGCUUCUCUCAACACUUCGACAAACGGGCCCUCGAUCUCCAAGAGUUAUCAGUCAAUUGUCAAUGCCCCUCCUCCGGCCGGUCCCGCCGCGGCCUCACCCACUUAUGGUCAAUGGGCAGUCUUCUCAGUCUCGGCUCCUCUUGCGAACGCAUUCCAGCAGGACUCGGGUGGUAAAGAGAGCGUGUUAAAGGUACAAAGCACGGGAGAAGGCGAGCUUGUCGAUUUGAUUGACGAAUUCUCCGAUGGCCGGAUUCAAUUUGCUUUUGUAAAGGUCAAGGACUCCAACACGGGUCUUCCGAAAAGUGCCCUCAUCGCCUGGUGUGGUGAAGGUGUUCCCGAACGAACAAAAGGUUAUUUCACUAGCCACCUGACUACCGUUGCCAAAUUGCUGCAUGGUUACCACGUCCAGAUUACGGCGAGAUCAGACCGUGACCUCACCCCCGAGAGCAUCAUCCAGAAAGUGGCGGAUGCCUCAGGCUCCAAAUACUCUUCAAGCACCUCUGCCGCAGCUGCCCCUCCUCCAAUCGCGGCAACCAAGCCCACCAUUGCCUCGAAACCUGUCUUUACGCCUACUCAAAGUACCGGGGUUUCUGCUGGAUACAACCCAGUGGUCCGCAAUCUUCCCAAAAGAGAUGCCAACGUGGAUGAGGAUGGUUGGGGCACGGACGCUCCUCCAGUCACGAGAACACAACUUGAGAAAGUCGCGCCAGCUUAUCAGCCUACAAAGGUCAAUAUGAGAGACCUUACUUCACAAAAGCCUGCCCCGUCGCCCUUUACUAGCAGCCAAGCUGACGAUCGGCCUGAUGUUGUCAGAGGUGCAUAUCAGCCCAUCGGGAAGGUUGACAUUGCGGCCAUUCGACGCCAAGCCAAGGAAUCAGGCUCCUUGAAAGACGACAGGCCGGAACCUGUCAAGGGUGCCUAUGAGCCUAUUGGCAAGGUUGACAUCGCAGCCAUUCGCGCCAAAGCUCAGAGACCCGAAGAGUCGACCGGCUUUUCGCGGCCACCUCCGGUCUCAAGCCCAUCGACCGGACCUUCGGAAGAACCAGAAAUGCCGAGUCGUACGCUCGCAGAGAGUUCGGCGGCCUUUUCGCAAUGGCCUGAACGUUUGACAUCCCUUCCCAAACCCAAGGUAGCCAACAAAUUUGGGGGCGGCUCGACUUUUACCGGGACCAAGGCACCGCUUCCCGGCGGUUUCGAGGCAAAACCCGUGGCACCAUCUGCGCCUGUGGGCACUGCGAGUAGAACUUUCGCCGACCAGGGUGGAAAGACGCCUGCGCAGCUGUGGGCGGAGAAGAAAGCUCGUGAGCGAGGUAUGAGCGGCUCCGGUGAACCCCCAGUUUCGCCUUCUGGUUAUACUGGACAGACACCGAUCGCAUCGCAAAAGAGCGGAGACGGCGGCUGGAAGAGCGGCUACACUGGCAAGACGUGGGCUCCUGUGCAAGUCACCCAUACUGGCCGCAGCAGUAUUGGCCAACAAGUCACUGGCGAAGGCAUGAAGGCCGUCGAAGAAGAAGAGGCUCCAACUUCGCCAAUCGGCGGAAUCAGCUCGAUCCGCGAUCGCUUCAGCGGGGCGCCGCCGAUGGGAGCUCCAGCGUCUUUUGACCGUGCGCCGCCUCCUGCUCCGGAACCUGAUACGAGCAGCAAACCCAACCGUGGCAUUCCAAUCCCAGGGCUGCCCCUGUCGCAACCUAGAGACGAAGACUCGGCCCCAGCACUACCUCCGCCACCUGCACAACCACGAAGUCCUACGCCCGAGGAAGAGCCCGAGCCGCCUAGUGGCUCUCCUAUUCGCGUGGCCAUACCUGUUAGCGCCUCGGCAGAUGUUGCUGAUGCCCAUGAGGAGCAACUAUCUCCUCCACCUGUGAUACCAGCAACUUCCAUGGCGCGGGCGAUCCCCACUCCAGCGGCAAGAGAAGAGGAAGACGAGCCAGCUCGAGGCCCUGACUUGGGCAGAACGGCGGCAGUGGCUGCGGCAGCCAGCACUCUAGGCGCCGCGGCCGUCGAGUCUGCCCCGGCACCUGUCCCUGCAACUGGAGGUGAGCGUGCUCGGGCGGAGUAUGAUUACGAGGCAGCCGAGGACAAUGAAGUAUCACUCCGCGAAGGUGAAUUGGUGACGGACAUUCAACGAAUUGACCCAGAUUGGUGGUUGGUCAAGAAUGAGGCGGGACAGACCGGGCUUGUACCCAGCAACUAUCUCACGCUGGUGGAUGACGAUGCUGGUGGUGCUCCAGCUCCCGCCCCAGUCGCAGCAGCAGAGCCAGCCCCCCCUGCGCCAGCUCUGGCCGCUGCUGAGGCCAAAGGGGCAACAGCAACAGCACUCUACGACUAUGAGGCUGGGGAGGACAACGAGUUGUCAUUCCCCGAGAACGCAAUCAUUCACAAUGUGUCAUUUCCCGACGAAGACUGGUGGCAUGGCGAGUACAAUGGCCACACUGGACUCUUCCCCGCCAACUAUACCAAACUGAAUGACUGA